AGUGACCGGCCGGUGUCGCCGGCUGCCCCACAAUCAAGUAGUCGGUCGGUCGGCGGCGGCGGCGGCGGUGACGACGGGCGGGCGGUGAGGGCGGGCGCUCACCUGCGUUCACGUGCAGUUUGACAUCGGUGACCUCCACCUGAAGGCGCGUGUCGCCGGCCGGUGUCAGGCCUCCCAUCACUGACACGGCAAACGGACUGACGAUCUGUCGGGCACACGGAAACGUCCGUCAGCCCGGCCCGGAUCGGCUCAGUGCGGCCCAGCUCGAAACAGUAUCCGAUUCAGCUCAGCCAAAGCCAGACCGACUCAGCCCUUCUAGACCCACAUCAGCUCCGCUAAGCUCAGCCCGACAGAGCCCGGGACGACUCGUCCCAGCUCAACUCGGGACGACUCGUCCCAGCUCGACUCAGGACGUCUCGUCCCAGCUCGUCCCCCGGAGCAGCAAACGCCGGCCGCUAUGGCGACACUAAGCGCGGCGGGAGAGUUCCGACGCGUCUCCAACCGUUGCAUGAUCAUCUGGAUCGCGGCGCUGUGCUUCACCAUUAUGAUGAUGCUGAGUAUCAGCAGCGUCAGUCGGUGGCCACCUCCGCAGCAGAGGACCAGCGGCGGAGGCAUCGCCAGCUGGCUUCAGGCGGCAAAGACGCACGUCCGGUCGCUGGCAGCGCUAGGCGAGGCAGACGACCCGCAGCGCGCUGAGCAGACGUCCAGCAACAUCACCAAACCGCCGCUGUAUCCAUCUGGCUUCCAGCUCUCCAACAUCAGCAACUUCACCUUCGUCAUCAACAACGACGUGUGUGGCUACGAACCGGUCGACAUAGUGAUGGUGGUGACUUCAGACACGCGUCGCCCCUCGUGGCGAGGCGAAAUCCGCGCUGCGCUGCCGUCAGCCGUACUAGCCGAGCUACGGAUGCGACGUGUCUUUCUACUGGCCGAGCUUGCACCGCCGGACAACAUCGACCAAAUGUACGACCGAAGAGUGGCCGCGUUGCAAGCUGAGAACCACGAGCACGAGGACCUCGUUGUGGGGAGCUUCCGCGACGCCUACCGCAACCUCACCUACAAACAUCUGAUGGGCCUGCAGUGGGCUACCGCGUACUGUCCACAAGCGCGCUACAUCCUCAAGAUGGAUCACGACAUCGUAGCCGACGUAUUCCAGUUAGCCCGUCGGCUGGCGGCGCUGCCGGCAGGAAUAGCUGACUCAAACACCGUGAUCGGUGCUGUGUUCGCGGGCACAGCGCCCAUACGCGAGACCGACAAUAAGUGGUACGUGUCGAAAGAGGAGUACCCGGAGAACAGCUACCCACCCUACAUGUCCGGAUGGCUCUACAUCAUUACCCCAGACGCCGCUAGCAGACUGGUGGCCGCCGGCAAUAAGCAGCCCUUCUUCUGGGUGGACGACGCCUUCGUCACGGGGGUGCUGCGGCACCGAGAGGCCCCCGACAUCAAAAUGAUCGACUUUGAACAUUUGUGGAAGUUCAGGGAGGGAAAUAUGUUUUUCAGUCCAUUCACGAUGGAGAUAACCUGUGUCUACGAGUGUGCCGCUGAAGCACAGGCAUCAGUGUCCCAGUGCAACAUGAUGGUCGGGCCCGUCUGGGAGAACAGCUUGCUGCUAAGGCUCUUCUACCAGCACGCCCAGUACUGCUACAGGCAUGGCUGUACGCCUCGCAGGCCCAUGCCACACGCCUGCGCAAACGGCGCAGGGGGCAGUCAUCGGGCGAACAUGCCGCAAGCACAGCGAGACAUCGGUGAUGUCACCAGCUAGCGACAGUCAUCAGGGAAUCAUACUGCAGGAUAAGCAGUGUAUUAGUGCCAUGACCGACCAGAGACACUCAGCGGUGUCUAAGACCACCAACCGCCGAAGACGAUAAGGAACUAACAACUGCCGAUGUCCCCGCUCAACGAGCGGUUCGGAAGGCCGCCACCUCACUGCCACGAAACUGGCAACCAUCAGGGACAUCCAGAGAUCCCGCCAGACCCUUCUGCGGCCGGUAGGUAGCAUCGUCUCCCACAGCGGCGCUGCAGCCACCGGGGAGAAAAGAGAGAUCAAGUUACCGAGUCAAGUCAUUGAAAGAUCAAGUUACCGUGUAAUGAUAGUCAACUGUUCAAAGUACGCGUAUUUUUUCAUGGACUUCCCG